AUGCAAAGAGAAUUGCAGUGGUUUAAGGAAGUGGAGAGUAUCACGACGCCUAUGAUAAGGGAACGUUUAAACGAUGACAAUUUGACACCCAGAGCACUGUUCACAGAACAACAUACCAAUUUGGUGAAAGAAGGUGAGAAAUGGACCAAAGAAACAGCUAGUUCUUGCGGUGUUGUAGCAGCUCUUGUAGCUACCAUCACUUUUGCUGCUGCUUUCACUGUUCCCGGUGGCAAUGACCAAAGCAAGGGAUAUCCAAUUUUCUUGCAUAAAAAGUUAUUUCUAUUGUUUAUAAUAUCAGAUGCAGUGUCACUCUUCUCUUCCACAACUUCACUGCUUAUGUUUCUGGGUCUCCUCACUUCUCGCUAUGCAGAGGAUGAUUUUCUCAAGUCACUGCCCACAAAGCUCAUCAUAGGCCUUUCCACCAUGUUCAUCUCUCUUGCAACCAUGAUGGCUGCGUUUUGUGCUUCUCUUUUCCUUAUGCUCCAAAACCGAUCAUGGAUCGUCAUUCCUGUGACUCUGCUUGCCUCUGUUCCGGUUACUUUAUAUAUUUGGUUGCAAUUUCCAUUGCUUGUUCUGAUCUUUAAGUCAACCUAUGCACCAGACAUCUUUGAUAGAAAUAUUAAGCCUUGGCUUUGA